AUGAGUCUCUCAGAAGAUCCACACCUGCAGCCCAUCCUUGUUGGACUCUUCCUGUCCAUGUACCUGGUCACAGCGCUUGGGAACCUGCUCAUUAUCCUGGCUGUCACUAAUGACUCCCACCUCCAUACACCCAUGUACUUCUUCCUUGCCAACUUGUCCUUUGUUGACAUCUGUUUUAUCUCCACCACAGUCCCAAAGAUGACUUUGAACAUUCAGACACAUAGUGAAGCUAUCACUUGUGUAGGCUGCCUGACACAAAUGUCUCUUUUUAUACUGUUUCUAGUUAUGGAUGACAUGCUUCUGACUGCCAUGGCCUAUGACCAGUAUGUGGCCAUCUGUCACCCCCUGCAUUAUCCAGUGAUUAUGAACCCUUGCUUCUGUGUUUUCUUGGUCUUGGUAUCUUACUUUAUUAGCUUUGUUGGCUCCCAAGUGCAUAAUUUGAUUAUUUUACAAUGUACCUACUUCAAUAGCAUAGACAUUUUUAAUUUCUUUUGUCACCCUUCUCAGGUUUUUAAUAUUUCCUGUUCUGAUACUUUUACCAAAAAUAUAGUGACAUAUUUUGUUGGUGCUAUAUUUGGUUUUCUACCUGUCUCGGGAAUCGUUUUUUCCUACUGCAAUUUUUCCUCCAUUAUGAAAAUCUCUUAAUCAGGUGGACAGUAUAAAGUCUUCUUUACCUGUGGGUCUCACCUGUCUGUUGUAUGUUUAUUUUAUAGAACAGGCAUUUGGGAGUAUCUUGGUUCAGCUCUGUCACACUUUCCCAGCAAUAGCAUCAUGGCCACAUUAGUGUACACUGUCAUUACCCCUAUGCUGAAUUCCUUCAUUUAUAGCCUGAGGAACAAGGAUUUUGUUAGUGCUCUGAAGAGAGUUUAUAGGAAGACAAUUUAA